AUGUGCGUGGCAACCGCCACAACGACAGCCGUUGGGACAGCCGGGGAAGAGGAUGAGGAGGAGGAGGAGGAGGAGGAGGAGGAGGAGGAUGAAGGAAGCAGCGGUUUAGGAAGGCGGUCAAAAUUACUUGACAGUUUAGAGAACGACGAAGGGGUGGACGGAGGUAGGACGGUUGGCGCGGUCCGAGUUGUGCAGUUGAUCGGAAGUUGUCCAAAAAUGUCCGUUGACAUCGUGGACACGUUUGAGGCGAGUGUGCGUUGGCGUUAGGGAGUGGGAGCAGCUGAGACUUGCGUGAUUCUGGUUUGGUUUUCGCGGCGACAAUUCAGCUGGCUCUGUAGAUGGCAUCGUCUGGCUUCACUGUCCUUCUCCACGUCGCUCGGUCUAGGGCGAGGUCUUCGCAGUUGGCCGGAUUGAUUAGCAGACGUUUCAGGGCGGAAGAUCCGACAUAAUACAGGAUUCAUUCCAUUGCCCUAUAUCCCGUCCUCUAGCAACCUAUCGAAGGCCGCAAGCACGGUGCCAAUCUACAUAUAUACCGCAGACGCAUGAUCGUCCCUCAGACGUGAUCUGAGUCGUUCCCUCUCCAGGAACGCUAGAUCGCGGUUGUGCCAACAAAUAGUCGUCAACGCUCGGCGAAGUCUAUCGCGCUUGAGUAAACCUUCCACCUUCAGUUCUCGUGAUCAUGCAACUGCCGACAUAACCGAUGUGGAACCGAUCAGCUGAUCAACACUCAGCCAAUCGUUUUACCUCGAUGACAUAUAUAUAAGAUAAGCGGCGACAGAGACAGCAAACGGAAUGGCUGCAUUUCGUUUAAUCGCCGUCGUCUGACAUACAGAACGUAGGAUUACUCAUGAAACGUGAUGUCAUGAAGUGAGACGGCCAAGUUUAUGCUUCUAAAAUGUUAGAAAUGUAGUUCCUCCUUAUGACCCGUUCUAGAAAAUGUAUUUUGCAUGCAAGAUAUAUUAAAACGGCCACAAUAUUUACCGACUUAAAAGCAAAUUUAAGUGCCCUUUUAUUCGAGUUGUUUUCUGCUCUAACAUUCUCCGUGUAGUGCGUAUGCCGGUCUGUACGUGUUGUUAUAUGUGGCGAAACUCGACGCACAGUGAAAUCGAUUUUCCCCUCAAGUUGGACGAAGAACAGUAUAAACAAGGAAGUUUUAUUAAGCAAGCCGGACUACAUCGAUUUUACGAAUCACAUUUGCAAAUGUGUGUGACGCCAUGCCCUUAAGCACAUUUAUAACGCCUAUAUUUGCAUACAUAAUAAGCAUAUGUCGAGACAUUGUGCGCAUAGUCUGAUUUCCAUUGAUCCGUAAUUUAUAAACAGAUCGAUCGAGCUGGCCAUACUACUUGAUUGGCAAAAGCGAUUUCCAUAUGUCCCCGUUCAAAACCCGAAUGCUAGCACACUCAAAUAGGCUGUCAACACGGAAAUCAACACUCAAAGCUAUGCUGCGUGAAAUGUCGCCCAUCUGCCUUAUGACUCAAACCCAAAGGAUGAUUGUUCAAUACUGAUUGACAAAGUCGAAUAUCCGCAGGCCAGUUAAAUACCGUCUGGAAAUGAAAACGCUAAUCUUUCACUCAACAUAUUGAGUGUAGGACCUGAAGCCCUGUAAGAUUCCAAUUUAGAUUCACGGAUUAAAACUGAAAAGUUUAUCCUACUGCCAUAAACCGAAGCAAAAUGCAAGACUGGAAUUUCUCUGAAUUUAUUCACUUUAAUUUUUGGAUUUCUCGUAAGGUUUGUUGAUAUGUGGCUCGUGGACCAGCAGGGACAGGGCCACAAGAGUGCGAACAACAUAAGCCUAAAGGCCUUAUAAAAACACGGCAAAGCCAAAUGAAGCCUCCGCGACAUGGCGAACACGAACUGCUAUUAUACGAGUUUGCUGUCUUUUGGUUAGGCUCUUGAUCCAAAACGCCGCAGAUGACAACCUCGAACAUAAAAUCUCAGUGGUUGUUGGGGGCGCGCCUGUAUCUAUGUUUGCUAGAAAACCAAAGGAAUCUACGUCUGCUCUCAAUGUCUCGGCGUCUGCGGGAAGCGAAGGGCUGCGCCAUCCGGGUGCAGUUCUGCGGCGGAAUAGUUUACGACCAGGACUACUCAAUAGGGGACGGAUACUUAGUAAUGAAUGCUGAGAUGUGCGGGCGUUCCUGGACCCCGGUACCCAUAGUCUGACCGCGUGCAGCAUUAUUCAGUACAAAGUGGAUGAUUGCUGUCGGUCUAAUGUUCAGCUUUCUGACUUAGAAUCUCAGGAAAUAAAGAUCCCUGAAGACGACUCACAGCGGACAACACAACUCAUCAGAUAGACACGUUGUCGCGAUUGCCCUUUUGCAGCAAGUGGUGCUCGUUUUACUUGCUUGGGAACCAGUCAUUGACUGGUGAGUCAUUUCACGAACAUUUCCAUCGCUCCUGUGUACGCACCAAAUCUAGCUGCCGAUCAGCGCGAUAAAGUGGCGUUUUAAUUGGCGCUGUAAGCUUUAUUUGAAAGACCUCCUGGCCGAGGCAUGCUUAUUGCUGCCGGGGAUGGAAAUGAUCAUACUGACCCAGGCGACUCCACAAACAGUAAUCUUAUAGGGAGAUUUUGUCCUGCUUGGCGAUAUGAAAAUGGCGAGAGAUUGCUGAACGUUGGAGAUCAGAACCGACUGCUUGUCACAAACAUGUAUUUCCGGCAUUUCAACAAACAUCUGCUGACCUAGUAUUCAAACGAUGGUAUAAAGCUGCUCAGACUAGCUACAUAUUAAUCAGCCCAAUGUUCGCUAACUAAAUUCACAAUAUCAAUUAGACGCGUGUUGCCAAGACUGGUAACGUUCUCGGGUUGGGUCAUGUCCUUGUUCGUACACGCUUGAAAGUUCACCUGCAUCGCGCCAAAAAUGGAACGACGUAAAUGCCCCAAUGCUGCAAAACGUCUGACAAUCUUCACUACUGAAGCCCUAAACAGAAAAAUUCGAAUCCGUUUCACGGCCUGAGCCGACGAAAAAGGCAGUAACCGAUCGUUGUAACUGAAAACGUCAGCUUGUCGGGCAGCUGAGAAAAUGCGUGGAUUUACCCAGCGACGCCUCAGUGACUGCAUCAGCGGAAGAACGCCGCAGUUGUCCGCUCAGACGGCUCUAGACGGCUCUUGUUAUCAUGAUUUCUUUCGCGAAAUCCGAAAGAUAGCGUGAUGAAUUUGUAUACGUAUGCGGUAGCAUGCCAAUUGCAUCCUAUAAAUACUGCUGCCCCUUAUGCAUGAACCACCUAUAUCUGCUCUCGUCUCAAAUUACGGUUUCGAGUAGAAAUCCGAAAGUGCAGGCGGAUAAAGCUUUUGUCCUAUCCGUCGUGUCUCCUUCUUCAACCCAUCUCAGGCUGUACGUGACUAAAUGACGAGACGCAACCAAGCCCUAUUUCUUGCCAGACGUGGAUGUGCGAACCAGGUAUUCGCACUGAGGCUCAUUCUCGGAUUUCGCCAUAACUGCCAACAACCGAUGAUCAUAUGCAUUUUUGAUUUUACCGUCACCUUCGAUUUCAUCCUUCGUGAGUCCCUGUGGUGGAUAAUGGCACUAGAUGGCGUACCGUCAAAGAUCAUCGUCAUGAUCAAGGCCUCUUAUCGCCACACCACUGCGGUAGUUCUUGUCAACGAGCAUUUUUCCUAAACGUUUGGCAUUCGGUUUGGCGUUUGACAGGGUUGUUUCUUGUCGCCCAUUCUAUUCAACUACACUACUGACUUGGAUUCUCGACAGCACCCCGCACGAAGGUGACGGUGUUGAAUUUGCAAAUGAUUAUGCCGGUAAUGUUGCCCCACUUUAGGUGAUCUUCAGCCUAUGGUAUUAUGGAUGGACGGGGUCGCCAAAUCGGCCGGUUUAUCUACAAAGGCUUGGAAGACUAAAUCGUUUUCAAUCAGCAUCCCCGACUAGAAAAUGUGGCAUUUGAGAUUCCUAGCUGCGAACGUGACGAAAUGGGCAGUUUAAAGUACCUCGGGGCGAGGCUGCUGCCUAAUGGGCAGAAUACGGACGACACUGGUUCCUGAACUAAUGCUGUCCACCGGGUCUUCUCAAGCCUUAGAAAAUGCCUAUGGAUCCGACGCGACUUCUCCAUCGCCACUAAAUUUCGCGUGUGCCGCAUAUACAUCCUGUUUGUCCUUAGUAAUUGUUGUGAAUUUUGGACUGUGUUUGUGGAGAACGAACAAAAACUGGAGUUAUUCAACCACAGCUUCUUAACGACGAUCCUCCGUGUUAAAUUUAUCGACUUUGUGUUUAAAAAGACUUCUGCACUGGCUUCGACAACAUUGCAAGGAUAACCCAGACCAUCCAAGAACAAUUGUUAGAAGGAUUCGAGCAUGUUCUUUUCGUUCACCUCAGGAGGUCAGUGUCAAUGUCCUCGAUCCGUCAUCGUUAGCCAAAUGGAGGCGUCGAAGAGGGAGUAAACUUAAAAGUUGGCUCGACACAGUUCGUCAAGACAUGGAGGUGAUUGUAGGACCUUUGGUAGUCUAUCUCCACCUCUGGCAAAGAGGAUUAAUUGAACUGUCCAGAGCUGCAACCGUGGAUCGUCAUGUGUGGAGAUGUGUAGUUCUGGGCAUCAACUAGCUUGGUCAAAUCAGGCAUGAUCGAAGCCGUACCAAGUAAAAGACAUGUAAAAAAGGUAGGCAGUAAAUUAUUGUCCAGUUGCAAAACUUAAUUUGGCAUCCUGUACGUCCAACGUGGCUUGUUUUUUAGCUUACAUCAGAAUCCCGCUGGAUAUUUUGCUUGCUGGUUUCUCCUUUGAGCUAAAGCAUCAUUUACACCCGGAUUUUCAAUUGUGAAAACUUAAUUAGUAAAGAUAUUUUUAAAACACCAAAUGCCUGUAUUCCGUUGCGAGUUAAAAAACCUACGUGUGCAGUGUGUAUGUGGUGUACAGGCAACUGCCUACAUAACUAAGAAUUAUGUUGAAGAUUAAUCAGUCUCGACAGUUAAAAAGAAAUUAAUUCAACAAAAUUGUUCUGACGCACGCGAUCUGAUGCAGUAGCCCGCGAUUCAUUUCGUCAGUCUACUUUCAAAAAAGGUUUUUCUGGCCCACAGGAUCUGAUGUAGUAACCCACCAUUUAUUUUGUCAGUCUUAUUCUUGGUACAAAUCGUUUCUUCAGUAAAGCAGCCACAAAGUCAGUUGUUUGGGCAGAUUCAACAGCCGACUGUGCAAUUUCCAAAAACCAGUAGUUUCAAAUGAGUGCAACCGGUUGUCAUCUUGCCGCCCUCCUGAAUACGCUGCUGCUCUAAGCAUUCCCAAGGCGAAUGAUCGUCCCAGCAUAUUAUUGCGUCUUGUCUAUUAUUUUUUAUAAACCUGCUUCCAAGGACGGUUAAAUUACAAAAUAUAUAAUUAAUAUAUAUCUUCUGUUCCCACGUUCUACCAAUGAAACAGCUGAAAAUGGAUUGCUUAUACUGUAGGGAAAUUUGUAAACGAAAACUUACCUUUAGCCGAAUACUACGACGGUGUUCAAUAAAACACAAAAAAUAAAGAAGAAAAUGAAAUACAGUUUAUUACUUGAGUUUAAUCAGCGAUUAGUCAUUAGAAUGUCGGCCUACAAAUAACAGUUUUGCUUAAAAUGCACAAUCCAUUUAGCAAUGUCGAGUGCCCUGAAUUUGAAAGGACAACUAAUGCAGUUUCAUGGUUAAAAAGUGAAGGUUGAAUUCUUUCAUGUGAUUUUCGUACCACGUGAGGGACGAUUCUAGUCUUCAUUGACGGGCAAAACGACAUAAAUGUCAUUAGAGGAACCUGUUUAAAAAUAACAUAUCCAAUGCGUUUUUUAUGUCAAGAGCGACAUGCUGGACAACAAAAGCGGUGUCGUUUUAAUUUCGCAGGCAUAUUCCUCGAGUAAUCACAGAAAGGUCAUUUGAGACAAUUUGCCUGAAUAGAAAAUAACGAUACUAGGUAGGCGUCCGUUUAUGGCUUCGAUAUUUAUCUCCAGGGAUGACAGUGGCCUAAAGAUUUUGGGACACUACUGGUAAAAAGAUCGUGUCAAAAUUCAGUCAGAAAUGUGGCGGUCGCUGAUUUGUCUCUUAAAGAGAUUGAUCCCUGCAUUUCACGCGGAAGAGAGCCAAAAUGUAGCGUCAAAUUGGGUUUCUGAUCGGCACCUGCGAAAGCUUUUUGGCCCUGUCUAGUCCGCUCCGGUGCGAGGUUAUAUACCAUGACAACGCCUUUGCGUGCUAGUCAAAAAUGUGAGACAACCAUAUUGAUAACUCCAAAAAGUACGGUAUACUAGGGCCAGACCAUGCAUUGAGGACCGCGCUUAUUAAUUUACGUAUUGUUCUAAAAAUAAGGCCUACUUACAGAGCAUAAAAUUUGGCGCUACCUAAUCUGACUUGAUUGCUUUCUAAGCAAACCACAUCGUGCUUGGAUUUUCUAAAAGUGCAAUGCAUUUUAAUGUCUGGCUUUGCCACCUCGUACAAGCACUUUAUUUUUAGAAUUUAGGUUAUGUAUAAAAAUAAAUUUCCGCACGGUAAUUAUUAGUUAUUCAAACAUGUCACAACAUAUAACGUUUCCGUUCAUUAGAGCAAACUGUGGCUGUUCUUUGACUACGAGAUAUAAAUAAAGGCUUUGGAAAGCCUAUUACAAUCAAAACGAAAUAGAGUGAUAAAUAAGGCACUUUUUGCGCUUCUAGUUAAGCAGUUAAAGUUCAUCGCGAUUGCUCUAGCUAUUUUUAGUACAAACCGUUAUUUAAAUAAUUUAGCUGUUCUGAUUAAUAUUUAGGAUAUAUUUACACACAUGAAAUUCAAACAAGAAACGAGUCCUUUGAGAAAAUGAGCAAACUUUAUUUCGUAAAUUUUCCACUAAACUUGUCGUCAUACGUGCAGUAAGGGUCAAAAAACAGUUAAAAUAUAAACAUGCACAAAAAACUCGUUGUUGCUUCGUCAGGGCUGCGGAUGAGUCAAUGCUGUGGGCUGAUGCCAUGUCUUGAGUGGUUGUUACCUUUUGCAUUUUUCUUUGAGAUUUGUGUUUAUGACGUCAAGACCGAUGAACCGAUUAGGGAAUGAAUUAUCGGAGUGAAUGGCCUCUAGGAACUCUCGGUCUUAUGUGGACAGAAACCGACAAUGCUUGUUUUAUCCCAAGCGAACGUGUGCCCAGUUUCGAGAGUAUGCAUGACGACUUGGGAUAAGUGGUCCCGCCGCUUUACUGCCAGUUGGUGUUCACGUUGGCGUGUAGAGGCGGCUUUUACGGUGUAGCCACAGUAUAUUGCACUAAAAUUGCCACAUGAAAUCUUAUAGACUACAUUUUUAUCCAAAUAUCCAACCGUGGCCUUAGGAUGAACAAGCUGACUGCUGCUUCCUCAGUUGUCUUAAACAGGUUCAGACAUAUUGUUAAUGUACGGAAUCGUUCGUCGAUAUUUUGAUUUUAGGCGUCCGAUCGGAACAAUUUAGGUCCUUAUCUCUUUCUUUAAAUUCCUACUCUUUCAUGCGUCGGCGUACAAAAUCUAUAGCAUAGUCGUUUGGGGAAAAUAGGUUGAACAUAUAAUUGAGUUCUUUUUUGUAUCCUUUGUUCUCAGAGUAGUGUGUCUUCGCUCGAGUAAGUAUGGUGUUAACAGCACUCCGUUUGUAAAUCAUAGGGUGGUUGCUCUCGUUAUUAAAGAAAACUUUUGCGUUAGUUUCUUUGCUCAAAACUAAGCCUUCUUAUUGCUAUUAAGACAAAAUUUAUAAGCAAGCCUAUUCAAGGCUCUUCAUAAAUAGUUAUAGGGAACAUAUUAAAAAGACGAGCUUUUACCAAUUUGUGAACGACGACAUAAAGUGUGGGAAAGAUACAAAAUUAAUGUUCAGUACAAGCUGGUUCUAGUCUUUUAUUUCUUUUUUUCAAUUUUGUUUGCCCGUCAGCUGGACUCUGUGAGUGCUUUUUCAGGAAAAAAUACUAAGUGUCCAUUAAAAUUGGUUUUUCCCUGACAUUAGACGAAACAGACUUUAGAAAGGAAGGAUUUAUUUAGAAAGCCAGACGUUUUAUCGCCUUGAACUAAUCACCUUUGCAACUCUGUGUGAUGGGAUGAACUAAAGCACAGUAAUAACGCUUGCGCCCUAAAAAUACACAAGAAACAUACAUGGAAACAUUUUUCUGCAUAGCCAGCUUUCCGUUGAUUCGUUAAGCAUAAGCGGAUCGAUCGAGCUGAUCAUUAAAAUGGAUCAGGGCAGUAAGUUCCGUAUAUCGCCUUUCAAAUUCAGGAUUCGUCUACAGUUUUGUCGGCUGAUAACUGAAAAUUCCACUUUCACCAAGAUGCUGCGUGAAAUGUCGUUCAUCUGCCUAAAUGAAAACUUGUUUCGAUCGGUCAGCAUUGAAUGGCAAUUGUAAAUCUCCAGUGGCCUACUAAAAAUGGGUUAGAAAUGAAAAAGUCAAUGACCGACUCAAAAUGCCAGUUGCAGGGAGGUGAAGUUGUUGUAAAAUUACAAUUUGGGCUCGUGUAUGAAAACUAAACCUAUUGUCAAAUUGUCGCAAACGGCAUAGAAAUGAGCGACUGGAUUUCUAUAAGUUUAUCCAGUCUCAUAUCGAGUUUACUCUUAAGAGUUUCUAUUAAGCCUCCUGGCACUGAUAAGGAGUUUGCCUAUGGCAAACAACGUUAUUGAAAUUAUAGUAGACAGACGUUAGCCGAUGGUUUUAUGGAAGUCAAUCGUCCUCUUGUUCUCAGGUGCGACCAGCAUCCGCACAGGGCGCAUGAUAUAAGCAGAAUGGUAUUACGACAAAGGCAAGGGACCCUGGAUGCGAAUGUCCUGAUGAUGGAUUCGAUUGAGAAUCGGAAACCUCAGGCAAAUACAUUUCUUCUUCCAGUGAUCGCAUCUUCAUCUUCUUGACCCUAGAUUAUUGGCCAUCGUCAGCCAUUCAUAACCAAACCGAAUGUGUGGAUAACCAUGGGGUUUUAUCGCGCAACCUGCUGUUUACAAGUCCGGCGCGACCAACCACUUAGCUGCAAAUAGUUCCAAACAAGUUCAACCGAUUGUCAUUAUGCCCUUUCUCCUGAUUAAACUAAUACUUUAAAUUAUCGUCAAGCCAGAAAGCAAAAACCUACCACCGUACACUUGCGUCCUUUUUGUUAUGUUUAUUCACCUGGUGCGAAACGCGACUAAAAAGCUGAAUACAUAUAAAACAUAUACCCCCGGUUCCCACGUUCCAUCAAUCCUUCAUUGUUUCUAUUUCGUCCUGUAAAACAAGAUUGAACAAUGGAAAACAACGAUAGGUAUCAAAACACAAAGUCCAGCGUUUUCUGCAAACACAGUCCAUAAACAAUUUUUCGCUUUAAAGGUAUACCGUUAACUGUUUCACGUUGUUACAAUUGAACACAACUGCGAUGCAUACGUGAGGGAAUGACGUGAUGUCAGAAAACAUGUUUUGGUAAGCUACCGUGAGUGGCCGAUCUCAUAAAAUGUUGGGCAAAGUUUUGAAGUGCAUUUUCAAUUAAAAAGGAUUUCCGCAGUGGGGUUGUAAUACUGAUUAUAUUGCGGCACAAUCCCAAAAUAUCACCGAUUUGGCAGGAUGUGGGCUUUUGAAUGCACCUGUUUUUAAUCUCCUGAUAAAAUCGUACUUUGUAAAAAUGAUUACAUAUUUAACAUGGAUUUUCCCAUCGAUUUUUAAUGGUCUUAUAAAUUCAAACUUAUUGCCUAAAACAUCAAGAAGUAUAUCCUUUUACUCUUUUGAUAGAGAAUCACGCCGACUUCAAAUUUUAUACUCAAAGUAGGAGUAGAAUUAGGUUUAAAAGAAGUUUAUUAUUCCAACUAAUUUAAAGCCUGAUCAGCCGUUGAAUUAAUGCCUAGUGAUUUCAGUCUACAAGGUUCAUUUGUUCCGCGCAAGGAAAAUCAUAUAUUCUUCCAGGCCGUCAAAAUGAUACUCUACAGAGUCUACAAAAUUUCGCAGUAGAUUCGGAUUAAGUAGUACAUUUCAUGAGGAGCGGUAGUAAACGGGCAGGUACGAUGCUGCGCGAACUGACGCUUUAAAGUUUUAAAAAUGUCUUAAUUUGAAUGCUUUCUGAAACCUAAUUAUACUUCCAUUUUGAGUAUAAAAUAUGAUGUCGGUGUGAUUCUCUAUCGAUUUGGUAAAUGAAGGAAUAUGUUCCCUAAUGUUUUUAAGAAAAUAUAUUGGAAUUUAUACGAUCAUCAGAAGUUGAUGGGAAAAUGCAUGUUACAUAUGCAGUCAUUUUUACGAAGUACGGUUUUAUAGGAGAUUAAAAAUAAAGUGCAUUCAAAAGCCAAUAUCUUGCCAAGUCAGAAAUAUUUUAGGAUUGUACCGCAAGAUAAUCAGUAUUACAACCUCACUUAGGUGCUCAACAUUUUAUGAGAUGGGCCACGCAUUAGGUGCGAGAGAAAAGGACACAAUUUUGAUGUGUCUCAGAUACCGUUUGGGCAUACUUUAUGACCAUCACUCUCUUUUUUUCGUAAACUGACUCAAAAUUAUAUAUGACAUAAUGUGGGUUUCACACCAUUGCCAAUUAUUUCGUCCUCUAACCGGGUGACGAUAGCCGCGAAUACGGUGCUAAUCAACAUACAUACCGCAAACGCACAAUCAUCCGCUAGGCGCGACCUAAGGAGUCCAUUGUCCACCCACGCGGCUUCGUGACUACGCCCACAAACAGCUGUCCCCGGUCGGCGUAUCCUGUCAUCCUUGAGUGGACCUUCACCCUUGGGGUCUCGUGAUCAUGCAACUGCCGACCCAACUUAUGUAGAACCGAUCACCUGACCAACAUUCAGUCAAUCGUUUUAGAGUUAUUGUAUGCAUAUACAAGGUGAAUGCCGACAGAGGCAUAGAAGAAUGUGAUGACUGAUUUUGUUGUUUAAUGGUCGUCGUCGGCCAUGCAGAUCGUAGCACAAAUCGUAGACCGUGAUGCUGAAAAAAAGGACUGCGAAAUUGUGUGCGUCUAAAACGUCAAAAAUGAAGUUCCUUCCCAAGAUUCCUCCUCGAAAAUAUUUUCGUAUUCAGAAUAUUUUCAUCAGUAAUUGUUACAGUCAACAUUUUUGCCGCACAUUGAAAUUAAUUUUAUUUCUUAAAUCGGAUGCAGCAGAGAUUAAGACGGGGAGUUUUAUUCAACAAGCCAGGCGUUUUAUCGGUUUUAGCAAAUCACUCUUAGGAAGGCGUGUGUGAUUUGAUGACCUAAAACACAUUACUAACGCCUUCGCCUUGGAAACACACAAUAAACAUAAACAGAGACAUUGUCUUCAUAGUCUGUUGUCCACUGAUCCGUAAGGUAUCAUCAAAUCGAUCGCACUGGUCAUUCUAAUGGAUUGAAGAGAACGAUUUCCGUAUAGCAUCGUCCAAAAUCAGAAUGUUAACGCAGUUUUAUCGGUUGCUAGCUCGGAACUCAGCACGCAAAGUGGUGCCGCGUGAAAAUCCCGUUUAUCUGUUUUAUGAGGCACCCACAAAGUAUAAUUUGUUUCGAUCGGUCAACAUUGAUUGGCAAAUUCAAAUCACCUGAGACAUGUUCAGACUCUCCUGGAAAUGCAGUAUCUGAUGGUAGACUCAAAAUGUCCACUGUAGGACCUAAAGCCACCUUGAGAUUCUAAUUCGGGUCGACAGAUUAAAACUUAAAAGUGUAUCCUGCCAACAUAGUCAGGGUAAAAUGUAGGACUAGAAUUAUUACAAACUUAUCCGGUCUCCUUUUGGGAUCAUUUCUGAGUAUUAUUGAUGUUUGGAGCGGUUAUGAUAUGAAAUUUGCCUACAACAGUGAAAACUACUGCAUUAACUAUUAAAAAUCUCUAAAAAAUACUUGUAAAUCCGCGCGCAAAAUAGCAAGUUGACUUAAAAAAUAAUCCCACUAGUUGAUGGAAUCGCGCAUCAUGCUUAUGGUGAUGAACAUCACACGAAAACGAAAGGCAAAUCAUUAAGACCAGUCAGACAUUUCAACAUGUAAAUACCUACAUAUGCACUUUUUUUCUUAUCUAAGUUUCACAGCGAUACUUUGGGUAAUAAUCUGCCGGUAAAUGAGGAUGAAAUGACUCCUCUUAAAUGUGUACGUAAUCAAAAAUGUGGCCAAAAUUAUGAUUCGAAUAAGCGCAGUUGAAUGCAUUUUGCAACAUUUAAGCGUUAUAUUCACCGUCUUAAAUGAAAAUAAAAUGUGAUUGAGUUCGCUGCACUCAUAAGAAUAGUAGGUUUGCAUUCCGUUUUCCUACGAAUGAAAUUGUUUCGCUGUGGUGUGUGCUGCUUGCGUGUUAUAUGCACGGCUGAUUUCGUAAACAUCAGUCUUCUGAAUAGCUACGUAGCGGACGUCGAGGGAAGGAAAAUACCCCGAAAGCUUUAACUAAGCUCCCGAGCUUAAUUAGUGAAUGUCGGCUAGGAUUUUUGAGACAUGUCUUAAAUUUGGCAUCUUGGUUGUGAACUCAUAUUGAUGAUUACGAUGUUGGCUAACAUUCCUGGCAGCCUGAUACAUCGAAUGAAGUGAACAGAAGGGAGGCAACCGUUUAGAGAUGUCAGAUAUAUAUUUCAGACCUGGAUUAUGCUUAUUGCGCGAUUUUUGGUAUUUAUUUAGAAAUGCAUCGUUAGUCGUAUGGGCACUGUGCAGCGGUGAGCUACAGUGAGCAGUUCAGAGGGAGAGACGCAUCGGCGGAACGUUUCAGAUCCACACUAAAGCCUAACAUCAGAGCUAUUCGCGGAUGAACGGUAGUAUUAGGCCAUAUUUGCCAUACGAUCACAUGACAAACUCCAAUUGUCAGUCGCAGCAUUCAUUGCGGUAGGUAAUGCGUGAUGCAAAGGCAACUUAUCAGUUCGUCCCUGAGAUAUUAAUUGGCCAAAUUUAAUCAUCCCCUGUGGCAUAAGAGCAUGAUAGCAAAUCCGCAUCAUCAUGUCAAGGUUGAUUAUUUUCCACAGGCAACAGACCGGUUAGCCAUGACUUAAACAACUCCUAGCUAACGCGGUCGCCACUUACUGUAAAAAUUUAAGCCUGUCAAACUUGGAUGUAUGACGGGGUCUAAUCGGGUGGGCAGUAAUUGCACUGAAAAUUAAGCAGAUGAUCCAAAGAUGUCUUGCAGAUGGAUUAGCAAAACUAAUAUGUAUAUACAUAUACAUACAUAUAUACAUACAUGUAUAUAUGUCUAAAACUGUUUUGAUGAAAAAUAAGUGUUUUUGAUUUUAUAUCAGUUUGACUUCUUUUUCACCAUCGAUUGGUCGGUUUAAAUCAUAUCUAAGCAAACGCUGAUUCACUAACUGUCAGCACGCCGUCUCGCAUAUUUAGACGGUGGCUCACAGUGGCACAAGACCCUGCGCACUGCAGACCCUAGCGUUAAAGGCAACUACAAAUAUAAAAGCAGUCGUUCCUACCAAAUAGAAACGGGUCUAUUUGCAGCAACUGAAGGUGGAAUGUUGUUGACAAGAGGAGAAGUUGCGAGCAAUUUUUCGCAGUCCCGAAGUCGUUUAUCAUUUCAAAUUUACGCUUGAGUAUCCAACAUUGCAGAACCGUAAACUGAAAUAUCUUCUUCGAGGUCGCAUUUCUGCGAAUGUAUUUGGGGCUACUGGCUGUCAGUCAGUAGCCGAUGAGACGGUUUAUACGACGAAACUGAUCUUUACUACGUUUUUACCAUUAUAGGGUAAGCAUGCUUACUGCUACACGGUCUAAUAAGAACGUUGGGAGGAAAAGGGAAAGAUAUCGAAGUUUAAGACAGUAACUGUGCCUUGAGAACCGUUAUGGAGUAUUUUUGACCUCUAUUUUAUUUGUUCCUUCAAAAACGUUAUAUAAGGAAGGUCCAAGGUUAUGCAGACUCCACUUCAUCGCCCUAUUGUUCAUCCUCUGGUUCCCUGUCGACGGGCGCGAAUACGGUGCCAAUACAUAGAUAUGGCGCAGACGCAUAAUCAUCACUCAGGCGUGAAAUGAUUCGUCCCUUAAUCAGCCACGCUGAGUCGCGGCUGUGCCACUGAACUGUCGUCAACGGUCGGCUUAGCGUGUCACUGUUUAAUGGACCAUUACCCUCAGCGUCUCAUGAUCAUUUCCCCAUAGGUUAAGCAUGAUGAUGUAAAUAUAUAAUACAUAUUCAGCUCGCUAAGAGUGCGACAGGCCAGACGCAGACACCUGUUUCGCGGUUGAAACCGAUCAUCAGUACGUCAUGGUCCUCAUGUAGUCAGGUAUAUAAGCAUGUCAAUUGUGCGUUUGACUCUCACUGUUGUCGAUAGGAUCUCACUCGAUCCUUUCCUGUCCUCCCGCCAGCUUGCUACUGGUGACAAUGAAUGGGAUAGAAGAAGGCGAUCGAAUGAGAUCCUAACCACAGCAGUGAGGGUCAAACGCCCACUUGACAUAUAUAUUUAUAUAUAUAAAUAUAAUACAAGUGCCGACAGAUAUAAGAAUGUAUGGAUGGCUGUGUUUGCUUACUUGCCGUCGGUGGGCUUAUAAUACGUAGCAUCACUCAGGAAACGUGAUUUCAAAAAAUAAGACAACCAAAUGAAAGCGUCAGACAUUUUAGAAAUUUAGCUACUUCGUUUAUACCAUGGCCCUACCCUCCCGUACAACUUUUCUCUUAACUAGUAUGCAAGAUGAGUAAACGAACAGACGCCAUCCGUCGGCGUAGCCUCUCACUGUUGAGUGAAUAUUCACCCAUGAAGACUCGUGAUCAGCCAAACACCCACGCAAUUAAUGUGUUACUAAUCAUCUGUCCGACACUCAUCCAAUCGCUUUAGCACAAUGAAUGGAUAAUGACAGAGAAAAGUAAGAAUGUGUUUUGGGUUGAAUUGCCGCCGUUUAACAUACAGAAAGUAGCACAAUUCAUAAAAAGGGAUAUCAAAAAGUGAGACUACUAACUUUAGGCGCAGUUGUUGUUGAAAAUUGAUUUGAUUCGUCUGACCCGUUCCGAAAAGUGUUUUUUGUAUGCAGUCCCUUCUCAUAAGUAUUCGUAAUGAUCGAGAUUUUUUUCCUAUUAGAAAAAGAAGCGAAUAUUUGAAAGAACGUUCCACUUUAUAACUUUACACAACCUUACAAAAGGUAACGCACGACGCUAUGUGUCAGCGAAAUACCUUGAUAACCAUUUCUUAACAAAAUAAGCUACGAGAAAGUUUUUCAAUCAGAUUUUCAGUCUGGAUGUUCAUUAUUCCUGACGAUGAUGUUUUCCGCUUGAUUAAGUCUGAAAAUAUUAACCAAAUGGCCAUCUGCUCAGGGAAAAAUGCCUAAACACUCAAUAGUUCAGAAACAAAUCCUUCAUGAUAUACCUUUUUGGAAAUUUCUAUAAACAGAUUGCACGCAAUCAGCCUUUAUGAGCAAUUUAUCGAAAAACCGAACUGGAAAAUAUUCACCAUUGUUUAUUGUAUGAUGUGAGACCUACCAUCCUCCAACACAAGAAAAAGAGCCAUAAAGACACUUAAAGAGACCGAAGCUCUUUUUAUAUGCACAAGCUGACAUGUGACCACAAAUUUCAAUUUUAUGUAAUUUGUUGGCCACCAAACGAUCUUUUGGAAGUUGACCGUAUGGAAACUUUCAUUCCCGUGACGGACGUGCUGGCGUAAUCAAGCAACACCCUGAUCGUCUUAGUCAUCAGAAUCUCGAAAAUACAUGUAUUCCAGAUGGUGGUGCAUGCGUGCGUUCAAUUGUUUAACUAUCCAUCGUUUCAAACUCGCGCUCGAACCCGUCGUCAGGGAAUAUAAAUUUGUACAGCUCAUUACAUAUUUAUUUCAUCUCUGCCGCGGACGACCUUCAGUUUUGCUGCUGAUUUGUUCACUUAAUGCUUCAUAGGCGAUUGGGAGCUACAUAUAUCGGCUAAUCAAGCCCUCAGUUUAGUGACACGUCCCCUGCAGCAGACACAAAGCUCGGUCCACUGACUAACGAACAUUAUCACGCACAUAAAUUCAAAGUUGUGCACAGGUGAGGAAGCGUGGGCGGCUGCUAAGGGGAUUUUGUCCUUCCAUCUCACAGCCAACUUAUGCUCGUGCGAACCUCUUUGUCAGUUUCGCCAACAAAAGUGGUCUGAACGCACUUGCUGUCUAUCCGGUUUAUAUAUAUAUAUAUAAUAGCCAGUUGUCUUGUCAGUUUUCGUUCGGGAAAAUGCAAUGGUAAGGGGCGCUCACCGAUCGUUCUUACGGAUCUCACUCGUUCCGUUGUGCCUUAAGGGCUCUCUCUCGAGCCCAACCUGCCGCCGCACAGCGACGCAUGAUAUAUAGGCAGAAUGGCACUGGAGAGGUAUAGGAGAGUCCAUUGGACUUCCCUACAUUUGCUGGUAUUACAUAUUGUCGGAAUUGCAAAAAUGAUCGCCAGUCAGCUAAAUGAGUUCGGUAUUCGCGUUUCCCACGAGCUUGCAUCUUUGCUGCCUACAGCUUUAUCUCAAGUAAAAGAUACUACCCCCAUAGAGGAACUGAUUAACAUUAUCCAUCUCGUCUCAUGUGCAAAAUGUCCCUGCGUAUAUGUUGGUCACUCAGGUCGACGCCUGGGAAAUCAAAUUAAUGAACACAAACUAGCUAUCCGUCACCGUGACUGUCCCUCGUCUAUGCACACACACUCCAGUACGACCACCGUUUCAAUUUGGAUGGCAUCGAGUUCAUUGCAACGGCCAACAUAAAACGGGCGAGAGACUUCCUAAAGGCAUGACACUAACGCGGACAGCAUCAACCGACACGUUGACCUAACCGCCCAUUAUGAGGACCUAAUAUCACGCCUCACUAAGCUGAUACCCACGCCGCAUCAGCGGCCGCUAAUCCAGGCGUCCGCAGUUUUGCCAACCUGCCAUUCUAUGUCCCCUGCAAAACGGGGGGUCAUAACUGUCCUCUCCCCCCCCCUUCCUACCCUCCCGGCUCAGAACCCAGCAUGACUCCCUGCCCGCAUCCCUCCACACACGCUAAUGGUCUGCUCGUCAAUGUUUGUUCGGUCGCGUCUACUAGUCUAGUGUGACUGCCUCACUCCCUCUUUUAUCUUCAUUACGUCUGACAACGGGUUGGUGUCACCCAUUCGAAAAUUCACGCGCACAACUCGAUUUCUUUUAAAGAACCUCUUCGUUUUUCAUAUAUAUAUUUAUAUCAGAGGGGAAACGACAGAUUCUGGGGGUAGAUUGAAUCAGCAUUGUUUUGGGUUUUUUUUGCCUUCGUCCAGCCAAUCAUAACCCUGACUACCAGUUGCUACUGAGAACAUAAACGCGCCCUCACACACCGGGCGCAGCUGGUCCGUCACUGCGGUGUACUUGAUGGACCAUAAGCACUUCGUCGAGACGAAUUCAGUCAGUGCGCUCCCAUUCGUUAUUGUAUGUCGCUUCAGGUCGGGUAUUUAUUCACGUAGGAAUGGGCGCACACGUAUUCAUUGGCUUUCCGAAGCAAACAAGCUUCGAGAGAACACGUGGGAAUACGAAUAGGCAACCGCAUAUCAGGCUGAAUUCGGCCAAGCUAGGAUAGCAGACGGGAGACCAAAGAGUCUACGGGGUAGAUAUGGCACUGUUGGCUAUAGGAAGUCAACGAAUCGGUGUGCGCCCAGUCCUGAUUGAAUAAAUACCCGAUCUGCAGUGACACCAAAUGACAGGUGGCGAGGCACUGUAACGGUCAAGGAUGUGAGAUCAACUUAAAACACACACACAAUAAGUUCGUGUCGUCCAAUUUCAGAAGUUCGGGAGCUGUGAGGACCAGUUUAUUCUAUACACAGGGCAGGUUGCUGUAAGUUGGCUGUUGGUUUGCGACAGAAAUAAGCGUUCGUUCACGGAGUGUGUCAGUCGCGGUGUGGUGUUUACGCGGGAGUGUGUCUGGGUCAGCAGGAGGGGGUGACUGGAUGAGUGUUGGUCGUGUGAUUAGACAAAUUAGGGGAGGAACAAGGGGCGCAUGCACACAAUGCCUCACGGGUAUCAGGCCAGGGCGUCAGACGCGCGUGGGGUGAUGAAAGUUUGUGAGGCCAGCCGACAGUCACUGAAGUUGGACCGGAGAUGUCUGAGUGUUUGCCGGCAGGGGUGGUCGUGUGUCAACAGAUGUCGCCGCCAUUGUUCGACAAAACGGAGCCGGAGAAAAGGGGGACUGGUGCGGCUGCUACAGCACUGAUGAACUUCGGUUCGAUGAAGUGCUUAUGACCCAUCUGAUAGACCGGGUAUUUAUCAAUCAGGAAUGGGCGCACACCGAUCUAUUGGCUUCACAAAGCAAACAAGCUCCGUAUGUGUGGCAAACGUCACGAACAGGCAACCAAUUACCAGGCCGAAGUCGGCCAAGUCAUAAUAGCAGCGAGGAGGGAAGACAGAGAAUGCGGGUAGAUUGAUACAUCACUGUUUCGGGCUUAUUCUGCCUUCAUUCAGCCAAUCAUAACCCUGACCACCAGCAGCUGGGACCAGAAACACAAACAUGUGCACAGACGCACCUGGCGCAGUCGAUCCACCACUGAGGCCUACCAGAUGGGUCAUAAGCACUUCAUCGAACUGAAGUUCGUCAGUGCCUCGCCACCUGGUGGAUCAACUGCGCCAGGUGCGUCUGCGCGCAUGUUUUUUGUUUCUGAUCCCAGCUGCCGGUGGUCAGGGUUAUGAUUGGCUGAAUGAAGGCACAAUAAGCCCGAAACAGUACUGUAUCAAUCUACCCGCAUUCUAUGUCCUCCCUCCUCGCUGCUAUUAUGACUUGGCCGACUUCGGACCGGUAAUUGGUUGCCUGUUCGUGACCUCUGCCACUCAUACAGAGCGUGUUUGCUUCGGGUAGCCAGUAAGUCGGUGUGCGCCCAGUCCCGAUUGAAUAAAUACUCGAUCUGCAGUGGCAGAGAAUGGCAAGUGGCGAGACACCGUCAAACGUCGUUCCGAUGAAGUGCUUGCGACCCAUCUGGUAGACUCCAGUGGUGGACCAGCUGCGCCAGUUGUGUAAGCGCAUGUUUAAGUUCCCAGUCACAGCUGACGCUUAGAGUUAAGAUUAGCUGAAUGAAGGUAGAUACAACGAGCAUUAUGUCGGUUUUUAGUUUUUUCAGCCAUCGUGCUGAACGAGAACGCUCCUUAAUGUGAUUCAGAGACACCGCAAUAACCUCAAAGGAAAUGUAUGUGCGGUGCGAUAUCACCGUAACCGGUAUGUGCAGAAUGGUUGGCCUAAAUGAUUUAUGAGCCAAUGCGCGUAUCUGAGAC